AUGGCAACGACCGAUGAUGUACACACACAAUCAGAUCUCAAUCCUGCCUCCAGUGAACAUGCCAACAACCUAGGCAACUCCCUACCAACAACAGACUCACAGAUCUCCCACUCUCAACAAAUAUCCUACUGGGACGCCCAAACAGCAGAUGUCGACGGUAUGCUCGGCGGCUAUCCCCAAGUAAGCCGGAUCGAUCUCCAAGGCUCCAAAAACUUCAUCGCCAAAGUACGACGUCUCACCCGCAUAUCUCACGAAACCAACUCUUCUCCCUCAUCGACAACAAAACCCAGCUCAGCAUCAGGUAAAGACUCGGCAAACCCAACACCACCAAAAACGAACACGAAGCUCAAUCGUGUACUGGAAGGUGGCGCCGGUAUAGGACGUAUAACGACAGGUCUGCUGCUGAACAUUGCACAGACCGUUGAUGUCGUCGAGCCGCUCAAGAAGUUCACCGAUGUGCUGGCUCAGUAUAGGCCCACAGCAGAGCAAGGACGUAUAGGUCAGAUAUUCAACUCGGGGCUUGAGUCGUGGAACCCUGCGCCGGAUUGUAGAUAUGAUAUAAUAUGGAACCAGUGGUGCUUGAACCACCUGACGGACAAGCAGGUCGUAGAAUACCUGCAGCGUACCAGUAAGACGCUGACGGGGUACAAGCCCGAUAGUAACAGUGAGAAGGACAACGAGACACUUGGCUGGAUCAUGGUGAAAGAGAAUCUAAGCACCGAUGAUUGGGGCGAAGACAUAUUCGACGAUGCUGACUCUUCCGUGACAAGGAGUGAUCGGAAGUGGAAGGCAUUAUUCGAAGAGGCAGGAUUGAAGAUCAUCAAGAUGGAAUUGCAAAGUGGAUUCCCGAAGAGCUUGUAUCCUGUUAAAAUGUACGCCUUGAGGCCAAAGUAG